UAUAAGGCAACGUAAACGUUUAGAAGCCUUAUGAGGAGCAAGAACUUUAUCAGUAAUAUUUACUGGAACUGACAAGGUUGUAUAGCCAAAGAAAAGCAGAAUGAAGGCUGUUGUUUUAACCCUGAUGUUGUGUGUUACGCUCGUGACAGCAAGAGAUGAUGUGAAGCGGAAAAACCGCCCGCAGUGUGGCGUUCAUCCUAGGAAAUGUGCAGGAAAACGAGCUUGGGUAAGUUGAACCAAUCUUUCCAUUUCUUUAAUCUUGUAUCUUCACUAUAAAAAAAAUGGCUCGACUGAAACUUGAGACUGAGUCAAUAGUAGUAAUGUUCACACAGUAAUUAAAGACAUUGGGUGGUAAGAAUACUCAAAUUUAUCAGUGAGCAAAUUUACCGUCAACAUUUUAUUGAGUAAAGUAAAUAUGUUAUUAAUUCUAAACAUUGAGUAAAUUUGGAACUUCACCCAAAAAGUUGAGUAAAUCAGUGUUGCAUCUAUAGAGGAUGAAUGAUACUAUAAUAAGACCGGCUGGGCAAACUGCAUGGCAUGAAAAUUGUUCCCUGGCCAUGUUUCUCUCUCUAUAAUACAGUAUAGUAUGCAAAUAUAUACUAUUUAAGGGAACAUUAAUAAAUUUAUAUAUCCGCAACGAUAAGUAUAGCUAUACUCUCAAACUGUUCUUGAAUUUGAAGGAAACAUUUUUAACUCCUGAGAAGCAAAACGUUUAUUGUAUAACUGUAUAUAACACUGUUUCCAAAGAAGCAGGAAACUAGCUUCAUUCAAGCCCACUGAUUCAAGGAAAACAUGGAAUUUGAAAUGUUCAAUGUGCAACAAUGUUUCCCAACGCUCAAAUGAGAAUAUCCUACAAAAUAUAUAGCCAUGGCAACCAACGCCUUAAUCCAAGACUUGCAUUAUAGACACAGGUUAAUUUAAUUUAAUCACGCCGCCAUUUUUGGGUGGCAUUUCAGCCGAGGUCUGCGAGAUAAGGCAACAUAACAGCGACCUUUUAUAAUUUUUUGGACAAAUUAUGGUAAGUUUGCUUUGUAAAUGGUUAGUUUAUUUUGAAAAAAUGCUUUUCACAUUGUUUUAAUCAGUCUGAAAUGGUUAACGAGAAUUGGAUGCCACCCAAAAAUGGCGGAUAUUCGUCAUCGUGAGAAAGGCUAAUUGUACUUAUAUUGAAAAGUUUUCUUUAAAAUUAUAUUAACUUCUAUAUAGAAACUUUUUGUUUAACCAUCGAUUUUAUAAGAGUAUUUUUGUACACAUAAACUUGCCUCUUCUCAAGUCCAUUCAUUUUGUAGGAGAACUGGAAAAAUAUGAUGCGGGAAAAGGCAGAAGAGAAUCGGGAAUUUUAUCCGAACGAUGAAGAAUUCAAGGAGGCCUUGAAAUCUUAUGAAAAUAAUCGCGAGGAGUUUCCCAACAGAAGAUAAUUAAACUUUACUUUGACUCAGAAAGCUAUAUACUUAUAAUGCAUGCCUUUACAUUUAGCUUAACUUGCAAUAUUUGUCUUAAACUUAUGAACUAGGUUUAGUCUCCGAUAAAAGCAUGUGCGUGGAAUUAAAUCCUCAAAUAAACUACUUACAAUGAAUUCUCUGAUGUUUGUCAUUUGAGGUCUAAUAUCA